AUGGCUAGGCUAAGAGUGCCCUCGAGCAGGUGUGCAUGUCGCUGGCCGUCGCUGACAUUCGAACACCGAGACAUUCACAUCGGCAACGUCCUGGUUUAUGAGCUUGGAUCAACCCACAGUCACGGGCACGGUGGAAGUUUUAGAGAUACCAAGUCAGGGGUCCACGUCAGUAUAAUCUAUUUCACGCUGUGGCUGUGGUUUGUUAACAUAAUCGACAAAGAGCUGAUCCAUGUUAAAUUCGUCAAGAGCUUCUCUACUCUUGGCAGAAGGAACACUCGUCUCAGCAACGGCAACACUCGUCUCUGCAACGACAACACUUGUCUCAGCAAUCGAGACAUCACUGGAACUGCAAACAUGCAUCUGUGGCUGUUCCUACUAACCGCAUCACUGACUUUACGUCUCUCGUUUUCGUUAAUUGACUGCCCUGGUGCCAGCUUCAAACUACGAUCGACGUACGACUACAUAAUAGUGGGUGCAGGCUCGGCUGGGGCGACGAUAGCGGGGCGUCUUUCGGAGACGCCUGACGUCACUGUGCUGCUGGUAGAGGCAGGUGGGGAUGACGCGAACCAACCCACAAUCCAAAUACCGCCCCUGGCACUUCAGAACUGCAGGUCGCCAUUCGACUGGGGCAUCUUUUUCACAAAACCGCAAGUGAAGGCAUGUCGCGCAAUGGUGAACAGGCAAGCCUAUUGUCCGCGAGGGAAACUAUUGGGAGGGACAAGCUCUAUCAACGACAUGAUUUACGCCAGGGGUAACCGAUAUGACUAUGACAAGUGGGCGAAGAAUGGCGCAUACGGGUGGAGUUACAAAGACGUGCUGCCCUUCUUCAGGAAGUCCGAGGGCAUGCAGGAUUCCACGCUAGCCAAUUCGUUUUACCAUGGAAGAACAGGCCCCUUGAAAGUCGGAUUUGUCCAGGCAACAAAUUAUGCCGAAAUAUUCAUACGGGCAGGCUUAGAGCUUGGCUACCGUCAGAAUGACUACAAUGGCCGAUUCCAAGCAGGAUUUGCGAAAUCGCAGACAACAAUAUUUAACGGUCAGAGGUCGAGCUCUUCAACUGCGUUUCUAAGGCCCCAUCUGGGGCGACCCAAUCUACACGUGCUCAUCAAUGCACAUGUGACAAGAGUGCUGAUACACCAUAAGAAGACGGUGGGAAUAGAAUACUUCUGUGGUAACAAGAUGAAAUCUCUCCGGACUGUGGCCGUACGAAAAGAAGUGAUACUGUCGGCUGGCGCCAUUGGCUCUCCACAGAUUCUCAUGCUUUCAGGGAUUGGUCCAUCCGUACACCUUAAACAAUUAGGGAUACCAGUAAUAGCUAACCUUCCAGUUGGACGGGUUCUCCAAGACCACGUUGCCACUCCGACGCGAGGUUUCUUUAACGACCCGAGCCAGCUAGUAUUUGAUCCAAAUCUUGCUCAACAGACGAACGGCGUUGAAGCACUAGCACAUAUUUGUUCGGAUACUAGGCGCCAAUGUCUUACUCCGGACAUCCAGUUGUCCCUGAUUAUUGAUGCUGGCACAGAGGAUGUAUCCUUCAACUGUCAGAAUAUCCGAAGGAAUGUUUACCAAUCCUUACCCUGGGCAAACGAUUUAAGAGUGGAUUUUCUUAUAUUAGUUCAGUUGUUAUUGCCAAAAUCAUCUGGAUAUCUCAGACUUAGAAGCACCAACCCCUUGGAUCCCCCAUUGCUUAACCCCAGAUACCUGCGACAUCCUGCUGACGUACACGCUAUAAUAAAAGGACUACGAUUUGCAAAAGCUGUUCUAAAGACGAACGCCUUUCGUAAUUUUGGUGUUUUGUUUGACGAGGACCCGGUUCCACAGUGCUCAAUGCACCAUACUGGCAGCUAUCGGUACUGGGACUGUUAUUUGCGACUCUACACGUUGUCCACUUUCCAUUACAUUGGCACCUGUAGAAUGGGGUCAUCUCGAGACUGGAGAACAGUGGUAGACCCAACGCUUAGGGUGAAAGGAAUAUAUGGUUUGCGAGUAGCCGAUGCCUCUGUGAUGCCAUCAAUACCAACUGGAAACACCAAUGCUCCGACAAUCAUGAUUGGCGAAAAAGCGGCCCACAUGAUAAAAUUAUCCAGUCGAAUUUAUCGACAGAGAUUUCAUAACUUCCGAUCAUAUCGCCGUGGACGUAGAUAUUUCAGACGAGGCUGAUUUAAGAAGGCAAAUGUUUUCUAAUUAAAAAAGAGAGAUUUAUUAUUGGAAAUGUGGAGUAUUUAUAAGUUUGCUUAACAUUUCUUGUUUAGAAAUCAAAUCCAAUAAUAAAUGCAAUAAUGCU